UAAUAAUUGAAAGCAUCACUUUGUCGGCAAUUUUAAAGUCUGGGAGCGUACUCACACUGUAGUCAAUUUUGAAGAGAGAUAAUAGAAUGGGAAGUGCUUCACUUGUCUUGUUUGCGAGACUCUCGGGUUUAGUAAUCGCGGUUUUGGUUGUCUACUGGGCUCUCUUGCUCGUCCCUCAUCAAGGCCUCACAUACUCUACUCUUCAUCCUCUGCUGAUGGUAAUUGGCUUCAUUCUUGUAAGUGGAGAAGCGAUUCUGAUACACAGAUGGUUGCCUGGUUCAAGAAAAACGAAGAAAGCAGUUCAUCUAUGGCUGCAAGGGAUGGCAUUGGUCUCUGCUGUGUUUGGGAUAUGGACAAAGUUCCAAUAUCAAUCUGGAGUUUUCUCAAACUUCUACAGCCUCCAUUCUUGGAUGGGUCUACUCUCUGUUUCUCUCUUCGCUGCUCAGUGGGUGACUGGGUUCAUGAGCUUCUGGCAUAGAGGAGAAGUACGGACAACAAGAACCACGUUUCUUCCAUGGCACGUCUUCCUCGGACUCUACACCUACGGUCUAGCCAUCGCCACCGCCGAGACCGGACUACUUGAAAAGCUAACUUUCCUUCAGACCAACAAAAACGUCCCAAGACGCUGUCAUGAAUCAACGGUCGUCAACGGUCUUGGUCUCGGCUUGGUUCUGCUCAGUGGCGUUGUCAUAACAGCUGCUAUUUUGCCGAAGUAUCAGAGUGGCCAUUCUGGUAAUGAGAAACUCGUUUAUUCAUCUCAAGACCGUCCCAAAUGUUUGACUUCUUGAGUUUAAAAAAAAAAAUUGUUUUUGUAUUAAUAACUACACAUCUCUCUGGUGUACAAAUUAGUUAUGUAUUAACGCAUUGUGAUGGUUAGACUUCUGUCGAAAAACUUG